GGCGGCUUCAUCCCCGGGGUGCAGUAUGAACCGCGUGGCGUGUCCUGCCGGGAGGCCGUGAACGAGUGCGACAUCCCUGAGAGCUGCACUGGGGACUCCAGCCAGUGUCCCCCCAACCUCCACAAGCUGGAUGGCUACUUCUGCGACAACGAGCAGGGACGAUGCUACGGCGGGCGCUGCAAAACCAGAGACCGGCAGUGCAACACGCUGUGGGGCCGUGGUGAGUCCGAGCGUUUCUGCUACGAGAAGCUCAACGUGGAGGGGACGGAGCGGGGGAACUGCGGGCGCGAGGGCCUGGGCUGGCUGCAGUGCCACAAGCAGGGAGGCCACGUGCAGCUGGUGGACGGCUCGGACCUGAGCUAUGUGGAGGAUGGGACGCCCUGUGGGCCUGGGAUGCUGUGUCUGGACCGCAGAUGCCUCCCUGCCUCGGCCUUCAACUUCAGCUCCUGCCCCGGCAGCUGGGACGGGAAGAUCUGCUUCGACCACGGG